AUGAUCGAGCUCACGCCGGACGCGAACAGCAACUUUUUUGGUUGCCUGAUCAUGAUCAUCGUGGCCUCACUUUCCGUCCUCUGCCGCGUUCUGCUUCGGAUCAGCCUCGGCCAGAAAUUCCUCCUGGCCGAUUAUCUAUGCUUCCUUUCCCUUUUUGUGUUUGCUGGUUACUGUGGAUUAGUUUUCAAUUACAUUUUCAACGUUUCAGCAUCAGGCGCCUUCGAAGCUACAUUCGUCACGAAUCCGAAGGUAUCGAUGCAAGAGGCACAAGAAUUCAUGAAGAUAGGGUACAUCGCCGAACAUUUGUUCACCAUUAUUCUGACCUUGGUCAAAUUCAGCAUUCUAUCCUUCUACUGGACGAUUUUCUCCGUCAACAGGCUACAAAAGAACCUCAUCAUCGGCACCGCAUUCAUCACCUUCUUCGUUAUCUUCCUCGUCCAGUGCCGGCCGAUCAGCGCCCUGUGGUCAUCAUUCGGAUCUGCAGAGUUCUGCAUGUCGAUGCCCGAGCUGCUCCUUGGAUUCGAGCUCACCAACCUGUUCAUCGAUGUCGCCAUCCUCCUGAUCCUGACGGUCAUGGUCGGGAAACUGCGAUUGAACGCGAUCAAGAAGGUCUCGGUGAUUGGCGUUUUCCUGCUGGGUGCAAUGGUUUGCGUCACCAGUAUCGUUCGAUUGACAGCCAUCUGGAACCCACCAGACGUUAUGGCAAACUUCGAUACCGCCAAGGGAAUGCUCUGGUCGACGCUCCAAGUGGGAAUGGCCAUUGUCUGCGCGUGUCUCCCGACAUUCGGCCCCAUCUUCUCUGGUAAGAGCAAGUUCGGGAGCCAUGCCAAGAGCUGGUACGGGUCUCUACGGGACAAACGAACCCAGAACUCUGGAUACAAGAUGUCGGAUAACCAGAGUUCGAACGGACGACCCUGGGCGGACGAUGAGUACAGGUUUCAUGCAUCGUCCAGAGGCGGCUGGCGUGCUCAGGACGAUAAUGCGCACGAGACGGAUUCUGAUCAUAUUCCCUUGGACCCCUUACCCCAGAAGGGGAUCCGUGUACGGAAAGACAUAGACGUGAAUUAG